CCACCACGCCGCCCCCUCCUACUACUAUACUAGGGUUUCACCGGAGAGGAAAGGGGAUCGGAGGUCAGUGAUGCGCCGCCGCCUGCCGUGUGCCGAGCUCCCCCCGCGCGCCGUCGCCGUCGCCGUCGGAGGCCUCGAAUGAGGAUCGAGCGGUGCUUGAGCAGAGGCGCCCAAAUAAGCAGCUCCCCCUUUGGGAGCAGCAGUCCCCAAUCGAAGCAGCAGCAGCUCCAUUUCGAGCUGCUUAUUUCCGAGCUGCAACCAGCAAUCGAAGCAAUCAAGCGGCUCCUCUCCGAGCCGCAGUCCGCAAUCGAAGCGCCUCCCUUUUUAAAUCGCAAUCCGCAAACAAAGCAGUCCUUCCCGGAAUACAAUCAGAAACAGGUCCUGUUUCAAAUUCAGUCUCCGAGUUUCAAUUGCUGGCGGGAACCCAGCCGCUAUAUAUCUGGCCUGGCGGCAACCGCGGUGCUAAUUCACGGCAACUCGUGAGCCUUCAGCCUUCAAAUUCAAAUUCACGGUAACCAAUUCUUCUCGGGCCUCGGCAGAUCUACGCGGGAGCCAUGACGAUGCAGAAAGGCAAGAGAGCUGAUAGGCUCAGCGCAUUGCCUGAUGACAUUCUGGUCAACAUUCUUGACCGACUCAAUCUCCGCGAGGCUGCAAGAACCAGCGUCCUCUCUAGACGGUGGACUCAAAUCUGUGCCAAGCUGUCUCGACUUAUAAUAAGUGCUCAGCACUUCCUUCCCGAGGGCGUGUUAUGCACCGACAUCUCUGAUAAUGAAUUGGUUCGCAUCAAUGCCGCUGUGGUCCAAGCGAUGGAGAGCAUAUUGACGCGUAGAAAUCCUGGAGAACACACCAUCCGCCUUCUGUCCACGACGUUCUACUUGGGAGAUGAUGUCCCCAUAUCCAUUGGGCGUGCUGUUGGUUGUGCCAUGGCAGCACACCUGGUCGAGAACGCGAAAUUCAGUGUUAUGAGGUAUGACAUGGACGAGGAUGAUCUGGUCACCGCUGGGAGAAAAUUCAUGUUGUUCUUUGAUGCCUGCCCAAGUGCAUUUGGUGGUCUCACUACCCUCGACCUAGAGAAUUUGAGAUUUGGUGAAUCGGACAUAUCCAACGUCCUCAUCACUUGCAAGCGGUUGAAGCAUUUGCGUUUGUACCAUUGUGACUCUGGUGAUUGCAGCACGCUGCCACUUGAACAUGCUCAUCUCAGUGAGCUUAGUAUUGCCCACUGUAGGCUCGCACAAGUUCAGCUGAACUGGCUCCCUCAACUCACAAAGAUGGUCUUUGAAGGUUGGCUGCAGUUCCAAGAUCCACUGUUUAUUGGUCAUGUCCCAUUGCUGGAGGCUGUAAGCCUCACAAAUCUCGCCCUUAGUUACAGCAGGAUGGUUGAGUUAAGUGAGUUUCUUAGUGGUACCUCUAUACGAGAUCUGAAGUUGGAAUUUAAUUCCGAAAAGAUUUGGGUGCAGCCAGAAUGUCCGACGCAAUCCCUGGCAUCUGUUUUCUGCCAACUAAGGUUUGUGAAUCUAGCUAGUCUUCCUGAAGGGUAUGAUCUUACCUGGACAAUGUUUAUUCUUGAAGCUGCGCCCUUACUGAAGGAGCUAUACAUGACGGUAUGGGAUCAUGCGUGUUUAACAGAAACGGAUGAGGAGAAGAGGAAAGAACUACCAUAUAGUGAGAACAAGGGUGUAGAGUGGGACUCUGCCGCAGCAGGUUUCCAACACCACAGCUUGGCCACACUCGUCAUCAUUGGCUUUGAAUCUGAAGACUGCUUUGUGAGUUAUGUCAGACAUGUUAUGGUGACGGCGGUGAAUCUAGCAGAUGUGUUCCUGUAUAGUAGGUUGGAGUGCGGCAACUGCGAGGAGAAGCCUAACAGGUACCCCUGGACUAAAAGGCAGAGGGUCUCUCUGAAGAGGAGGCUUGCAGCUGGGAUUGAGUCGUUUGCCAUAUUUCACUUUGGUGCCAAGAGGCCUGGCCAUGUAGCAAAAAUGGAGUACCCAUAGUGCUCGCUGCUUGAGGCAAAAAGGUCUUUUACGUGAGGCAAAAGAGGUGGUUGAUUUCAGAGUGCUCACUGCUGUGUUAGAAGUGUUGUUACUUUGGUCGAGAGUUGUUUCAGUCUUUCUAUAUAUAUCGACCGCAAACUGUAUUAUGUCUUUUUAAGGUUUAGUGUAUUAUUAUGCUGUA